AUGGUCAAAAAAAGAGCCUCCAAUGGGCGGAACAAGAAGGGACGUGGACACGUCAAACCCAUUCGAUGCUCUAACUGCUCUCGUUGUACCCCCAAAGACAAGGCAAUCAAGAGAUUCACAAUUAGAAACAUGGUCGAGUCGGCAGCUAUCCGUGACAUUUCCGAUGCGUCCGUCUUCGCCGACUACGCCGUUCCCAAGAUGUACUUGAAGCUGCAAUACUGUGUGUCCUGCGCCAUCCACGGCAAGAUUGUUCGUGUCCGAUCAAGAGAAGGUCGACGAAACCGUGCCCCACCUCCAAGGAUCAGAUACAACAAGGAUGGAAAGAAGGUCAACCCUCAACAAGCGGCCAAGACUGCUCAGGCAUGA